AUGGCCUCAAAUCAGUUAUUAGCGUCCCUCCUCCAGGGCUAUGAAAGCUCUGGAGAUAAUGCAGAACCUCAAAAUGAUCUUCACAAUCGAAUUCCACUUCCCCCUCGUCUAGAAGAAGAAGUAUUUGACUCACCUGAUACUAUUAUUGAAUUCAUCAACAACUUUACCCAGAACCACGGCUAUGCGGUUUCCAAACGGCGCUCAAAGAGAGCUAAAAAUGGCCAUAUCAAGACUGUGUUUGUGAAGUGCUCUCUAGGAGGGGAGUACCAUGAUCGUGUGGUUAAGCCCCAACUAGAGAAUGGAAUUGACACACGCCAUAUCAUUGCUUCACUUAGGAAGAAGCGUGGAGAUAAUGUUGGGAUAAAGGACCAAGAUAUAUACAAUUUUAGACGCAACAUGCGAAAGCGCUUCUUAAAUGAUUCCACUUAUAAGACCAAUAAAUAUCGAAUGCCUCUUCUUGAUAUUGUUGGUUGCACGGGAACCAAUAAGACAUUCUGGGUCGGAUUUGGCUUCAUAAAAAAUGAAAAGGAGGAGUCUUAUUCAUUUAUUCUUAAAAGCCUUGAGCAGGUAAUCUUCCGUAUGGGGCUAGGGCAUCCAAAAACAAUUAUUACCGACAAAGAUCAGGCCCUAAUGGCUCUACGCCAGGAAGUCAUUCGAAUCGAUUAUGAGGGCAAGGGUAUGAAGAGCACCCUAGUUGAUGAAUUUAAAGAGAAGAUUGAAGCUCAUUGGAUUAUCAAACGUGACCUUGGAACUUCCACAAUGGACCUACUUGGAGCCACACUAUCAAUUGAAAUGACAAUUGAAAAACAACACCAAAAAAUAUGGCAGGAAAUUGAGGAUGAGCGCGUCCAAAUAAAGAUAGAUUUCAAGAACCUGCGGCUUUUUAAGCAUGUUUUGAAGAAGGUCUCAAGUCAUGCACUGAAAAUAAUCCAUAGUAUCUUUGAAAGAUACCUCCCGGAGAGCGCCCCUGAUAAAAAGCCAAUUAAGCCCUGCACGGGUGUGACUCGACGGACUCUAGGGAUUCCUUGCAUCCACAAAAUCAAGGAAUACUAUGAGGCUGACACAUCGAUUGAGCUUUUUGAAUUCUGUCCACAUUGGCGGCUGCAUACCGACGAAGACCUUCCUCCUGUGGAUCCACGAGAAUUAGUCCUGGAGCUAGAAGUAAUCAGACUGCGUGGCCGUCCUCCUGGUGCAAUUAACUGGCCAACUACAAGCGAGCAGAGCCAGUCAGCUGAAGAUAGAUCUACUAGAAGAGAUCCCUCUGCAUUUGAACAUCUAUUGACUCAAGAAUCAAGCCGAGGACGAGGAAGUGGCCACGUACGUGGUAGCCGUGGAGGAGGACAGGCAAGGAGUGGGCGUGGAGCAAGACAACGAGGUCGUGGUAGUCAUGGAGGAGGACAGGCGGGUCGUGGGCGUGGAGGAAGACAGCAGGGUGGUGAAUGUGGUAGCGGCUCUGCAGGCACCAGUGAAGUUAGCACUCAAAGUCACGAGAAUGAUGAUAAUGAAAUUAGUGAGAACAGGGAUGAUAAGACCAACAAGAAUCAGAUCAGAAGAAGCAAGCGACGUGGCCAUGGCCAGCCAGCGCCAUGGCUAGGCGAUGAGAAUGAGUAA